AUGUCUUCAGUGAAUUUCACGGGGCAGAAUGUGGAGGAGUUUACCAUCACAGGCUUCGACCACCUCUCCCACCAGAAGCUCCUGGGCUUCCUCAUCUUCAUCACUUAUUUCCUGGUGCUUCUGGGAAGCGGCACCAACAUCUGCAUCAUCGUGUCGGACAGACGGCUGCACACGCCCAUGUACCUCCUCGUCUGUAACCUGGCCGUGGUGGACAUCAUGUUCACCACCAGCUCCAGCACCACUAUGAUCUCUGUACUGCUGGCUGAGGUCAAAACCAUCUCUUACUACUCCUGCAUAUCACGCAUGUACAUCUACCACCUGGGUGACAUCGAAGAGUGUCUGGCCCUGUCCCUGAUGGCUUUGGACCGAACCAUCGCUAUCAGCACCCCUCUUAGGUACCACAGCAUCCUGACCAACCCACGGCUCUUCCUGCUGAUCAUAGCUACCUGGCUGAUAGGGUUAGGGGUAAUGUGUUUAGUAGCAGCCCAAGCAGACAGUCUCCCAUACUGCCAGCCCAUCAUCAGAUAUGUGUUCUGUGACUAUCCUGCUAUGGUCAGAGCCGCGUGUGUCAACCCUGAACCCUAUUGGAUGCUUCCCACCAUCCUGGGUCUGUGGUUGAUUGGUGCACAGCUCACAUUCAUUCUGCUGUCAUACGUGAAUCUGAUCUACACAGUACUGAGACUUCCUAACAAUGAGAGCAGAGUGCAGGUGUUUAAUACCUGUAUUUGUCACAUCAUUGUGGUGUCCAGUUACUACGCUCCCAAGUUAGUCUCUGUGUUGUUGACGAGGAUAGGGCUGAGGCUGGAUCUGACGGAGCGUAAUGCCAUACUGAUUAUAGCCUCGCUGUUGCCUUCUCUGAUCAACCCUAUAGUCUACUGUCUGAAGACCAAAGAGAUUAGAAAGAGAUUGUUUCAGAUACUUUUUAGAAACAGAAUCACAGCAAUUAAAUGA